AUGACUUGGUUGCAUCCCCCCACUCAUCGGGUCAUCGCGAAGCCGACAAGGCAGCCGACGAAAAGGGUCAUCGCGUUCACGAGCAGGAGGAAGGACAGGCUCGAGGAGUACAUGCCUUCCAAGCCUGUGUGGGAGAACGCUGAAUGGGAUAGGUACUACGCUCCUCGAGGCAUCGGACACGCUGUGUGCAAAGUUUGCGACCGCAACUUCAUCAAUGAGGAGAUCUUGCAGCAGCACUUCCUCAGCGACUUCCACCAAGACAAGCUCGAGCUCUCCCUCAAGGCCCUCCAUGGCUCGCCGGCCCAGCAGGAGAGCACAGCUGAGGAGCCGGAGAGUGAGACUAGUCUGAGGAGCAUGACGAUCUUCCAACUUGAGAUCGAGCUGCGAAAAAGAGGGGUCUUGGCAGACAGUCAGGGACACGGGAAGGGAUGGAGGUACUGGACUGAGCGACUGAGGCUGCUGGAGGAGGAGGGCGAAAGGAGGGAGGAGGAGGAGGGAGGGAGCAAGACGACGAGGGAGGUGAAGGAGAGUAUCCGCAGCUACCUGCGCACCUGCUUGUCCAUGGGAACGGCUCCCUGCAGCGCUUUCCUGGAGCAUCCGGAGGACGGGAGCCUGAGGGUACGCGGGAGGAUACAUCCCAGCGCCAAGAGCGUGCGGUCCAUAGCAGCAGCGAUCGCCUCCUGCUGCUGGCUGGUGGACCUGGACCUGGGGGACAACGAUCUGCGAGCCAAGGGGACGAUACUGCUGUGCUCUGCGAUCAUGGAGAGCAGAAACGCGAUUAGAAAGCUGGUGUUGGACGGGAACAAUAUCGGAGAUGUGAUGAUAGAAUACAAGGAGGACCUCUCCUUCAUGGAGGACGUGAUCAUUCCCGCGCAGCUCUCCCGCCCCUUCAAAAUGCUUCAGCCCUGGCCGGCUCCCUCCGCCAAGUUCACCGACACCUCUGCUGCUUCCUCCAUCUGCCGCCUACUCCUUCCCUCCUCCUCUCCCACCUCCUCCUCCCUCCUCUCCCUCUCCCUCGCCAAUAACAGCCUCGGCGACGCCUCCCUCGCUUGCAUCGCAGACGCAGUCGCUGCUGGGCAGCAACUCCGGUCUCUCAACCUGGCAGGCAACGCAGGCAAGCAGCUUCCAUCGUCCCCCAUGACCGCAAGCGCCCGCGCCCUCGCUGCCAUGCUCAGCAUCAGCUCCGCCCUUGUCGAGCUGGACCUCAGCUGGAACGGUUACCGAGGGGAGGCAGCUGGACUCCUGGUGGAGGGCAUCGCUCGCAACAGCAGCCUGCAGGCCCUCCUGCUGGGCUGGAACUCAGUCGGGAGCGUAGGAGGAGAGGAGCUGGAGAAGGCGCUGCGGUGCCCCACCCUCACGAGCGUCGACAUCUCCUACAACUGCAUGGAGGAGGAGCAGGCGGCUGCUGUGGCGCGAGCAGUCGCCUCCUCCUCCUCGCUACGGCUGGUGACUUGGAAGGGGAACAACUUCUCGCCGCAUCUCCUCGCCGAUGCUGACGAGAAGCUCAAGGAGAGAAGGAGUCACCGGGAGAAGCAGGAGGAGGCGAUGAGCGCGAACGAAGACAGACCGGAACAGGAGGAGGGAGUAGAAGAAGGAGGAGCAGUCCCUCCUGAUGAGUAG